AUGGCUAUCACCAUUGAAGACUACCGAUUACCAUACGACACCCACAACGUGUACGACGUCGACUUCUUCGGAGACAUAAUCCACACCCUCGUAACUCACGAUCCCGGCAUGGUUUCACAGUGGUUAUCCGAGGUUGAGUCCCUCAACAACCACCGCCGCCACCUAAUCGUUGGUCUCGACGUAGAGUGGCGACCCAGCUUCAGCCGCAUUCAGAACCCAGUUGCCACUCUCCAGCUCUGCAUCGAUCGCCGCUGUCUGGUCUACCAACUCAUCCACUCCUCUUAUAUUCCCGACCCUCUCGUUGAGUUCCUCUCAGAACAGGACUACACUUUUGUGGGCGUUGGAAUUGAAUCCGACUUGGACAAACUUGAAAGGGACUAUGGAUUUGGGUUCAAUGCGAAUGCCGUGGAUUUAAGGGAGCUCGCGGCACAUACAUAUCAGAUGAGAGCAUUGCAGAAUACGGGGCUGAAGAAUUUGGCCAGUUUUGUGCUAGAUAUAGAGUUUGAGAAGCCCAGAAGAGUAACUAUGAGUAGGUGGGAUUACAGAUGGCUGACGCUUGAUCAAGUGCAGUAUGCUUGUGUUGAUGCUUACGUCUCUUUUGAGAUUGGCAGGGUCUUGAAUGCCGCUGGGUAA